AGGUCCCACCUUAACCGCUAUGUCUGCCACUAUAUUUCUUCUUCAUUAUCACUGAGUGAUUCACAAUUAUGAGGAAAAAAAGGGGAAAGUUAGAGACAUCUAUGACAAAGAGGGACUAGGUGCAAUUUAUGUUUAUAAAUUUUGAGAAAAUCUGAUCUCACCACAUAGAGAAAGAGAAUCUAAUAAAGGCUGGGAAAAGAGAAUGGCAAAAGGAAAUAAUAAGACUUUUUUGAACAUGAUAUAAGCUAAAGUCCACUAAAGCAGCCAGAAAGGAAUAAUUCAUACUAGACAUAGCAAUUUCCCUCAUCAGAUUAAAAGUAGAUGCUUGGUUUUCUACCUUUAUCUAUACUGUUUCCUAUGGUAAUCAAGGACACCAUCCCUGUAAUAUUCUUCACAAUUUGAAAGAUCAAUCCAAGGAAAGAAAAUGCAGACAUGCAAGACCCUCCAUUUUCUCAAACCUCUCCUUCUCAUAGCCAAUUUAUUGUUCACUACUUCCAUAGCUAGAGAUGGUCCUACAAGCUUUUGUGGCAAAAUCCGAAUUCAAGCACCCUUUUUGAAUUCAAAUUCAACUAAUCAGUCAUCUUUAUUACACCAAAUGAUCCAAUGCAAAUCCCACAAGCUAUACUUUAGAACCUCUCUUGGUCUUUUUCCAGUCUCUUCCAUCAAUUACACCACAAAAUUCCUCACCAUCUCUCACCCUCCAUGUUCUUCUUCAGUUCACUAUAUCUCUCCUUUACUUCUCUCAGCUGGUUUUCCUUCUCCUCCACUGCCCAACUCACUACUUCUCUUCAACUGCUCAAACAAAAGACACCCCAUGUCACACUUUAUUCAAAACUGCAGUAGCUUCCAUGCAUGUGGAGCUUCUUGUAAAGUUCUAUCACAAGAACAACCACAAGUUCCUUGUUCAUGUUUACUUCUUGAUGAUCUUGAAAAGCUUGACAUAGGUUUUGAUCCAAAAUAUUUAAAUUGCUCACAUUACAGUCAGUUACAUAGAUCUUUGGCAGGUGACACUGACAACUAUGAAAAAUAUAAGUUGGGGACAAGGAUUUCCUAUGACAUUCCUGAUCAUGUACCAAAUCUCUGUAAUGAGUGUGAGAAGCCUAAUGGCAAUUGUGGAGUUGGAUUGAGAUGCAUAUGCCACCCAAAAGAGUGUAAAGAUAAGGUCAUCUCUAUGGGCAGAACAGUGGACCCCUUUGGUAAUGUCAUCUUCUCUUUGAUUUCUUUGAUCCUUGUGAUCGUUUCCUUCUUUGUUAUAUAAAGGAAGUAAUACGCAAUUUGAAUAUUCAAAGUCAUGGCAAAAGCCUAUUAUCUUUU